AGCAAACAGCACAUUUUCGAUUUUCUGUCUUUCUGUUUUCUAGCGUCUUCAAAAAAUAAAAGCAUUUAAAUAAAUAAUUUCCUUUUUAAAUAAUUUAAUUUUUAUUUAUAUAAUGGCACCAACACAAAUUGACACAAAUUGGGAUGUCGAUUAUUACAAAGCCGAACACGAAAGCGAAGAACACUGGAACUUGCGAAAGAAAUUUAUGCUAGUUCACAGGCACAAAUUCACUGAAGAUGAAAUUGUUUGUCUUGCCCAAGUAUUUACCAAUGUUGAAUUUAUGGGUUGUAAAUAUCCCGAUGAAACAAUGCGUCUUGUUGGUGAACUAUCACAAGAAGUCGCCAAAGAAUUUCGUGAAGAAAGAUCAAAGAAAAUCAAAAGGACAUUUGUCAAAGCUUCGGAUGCUGCUGAAGCUAGGGCUAAAGUAAGGAGGAAACAACCAGUAGCAGGUGGAGAUAAUGACAGAAAAGUGGAAAGACAAGGAUUUGGUGCUAGUUCAAUGGAGGUUGAUGAUUUUGGUCAAUCAACUAAAAUAAUGCAACAGAAAAACAAUCUUAUGAGAGACAUGAAAUAUGGCAACUUUGUUUUGUAUCUAAUCGGAGGUAGAAAUUGUUUUGAUGUUUCUGGCAAAAAAUGUAACAUACCCGUGGUAGAAAAAGAAUCGAAAGUUGGUGACAAAAAACAAUUUGAAAUACAUAUAGGAAAUACUUUAAUCGCAAAAGCACAGAGUGAUAAUAUCAAAACCGCUAAAGCUGAAGCUUUCGAGAUGGCUAUGACUGAGAUACGAAAACACUGCUACGUGAUAAAGAUGAAUCCCGAUGCUGAUGUCAUUAACAUAAAUAAAACUAAAGAUGAUAUUGUGGCGAAUGUCAAAGAAACUGAACUCAUAGAAAAAAAGCUGGAUAGUAACAAUCUUGGUUACAAAAUGAUGAAAAUGAUGGGAUGGUCAGGUGGUGGAUUGGGCUCUAAAACACAAGGUCGAGAAGAUCCUGUUGGUUAUCUUUUGAGAAACCAUCGAUCUGGAUUGGGCACAACCAACAAAAAUGAUACCAAGCAUUUUAGACAAAUAUUGGAUAAUUAUGUUAAGUCUAAUGAUAUAAAAGACUUGUGUUUUGAGUCCACAUUCUCGAAAGAAGACAGAGCUACACUUCAUUUAAUCGCCGGCAAAAUGAAUCUAAAAUCUGUAAGUCAUGGAAAAGCUGAAGCUCGAAGUUUGGUCAUCAGUAAGAAAACAAUAACAAGCAAGCAAAUUCUUACCGAAGUCCUCAUCAAUCAAAAUCCUACAUUUUCUAAUAAAUACUUUAUCCAAGUACCACCCAACAAAGCUAAAGAAUAUCCCAAUCACACUGAACAACUUGAUUUUUAAGCCUCCAAAUCAUUCUUUUAUUUCCCCGCUUCAUCAUAUCAAUUACCUGCAAACUGGAAAGGACGACAAAAUAAUAAUUUUUUUUAUAUACAAAAU